UUGGAGGUGGAAGAGUAAUUCAAAAAAGGAUAUGGACUUUGAGGAUGUGGCCAUUGCCUUCUCUCAGGAGGAGUGGGGUCUCCUUGAUGAGGCUCAGAGACUUCUGUACUGCGAUGUGAUGCUGGAAGUGUUUGCACUUGUCUCAUGUGCAGGUUGUUGGCAUAAAAUGGAAGAUGAGGAGGCCUGUUCUGAUGACAGUGUAUCUAUACGAGGAGAGUCACAAGUAAGGGCAUCUAAGAAAGCUGCAGACACCCAGAAUACCCAUCUGUGUAAGCGGUGUUUCUCUGUGUUACAACAUAUUUUUCACCUGACUGGGUCACAUGCAGCAUACUCUGAGCAGAAAGCCUUCUGUACUGAUGUAUGUCUGGAAGACUUCUAUUUUAGUGAAAACCCUCACCAGGAACAGAGGAAUGAAUGUGGGGAGGAGCCCUGGAAACAAGCCAUGGUCAGGGCAUCCUAUGUGAGCAGGUGCAGCGUCUACUUAUCUUCGGUGCCUUCAACCAGCAGGGAGGUUGGGGAAGACUUGCAAUGCAACUCAGAGCUUCCCCAGCACCAGGCCAUUCUCAAAACUGAGGAGCUACACUGUGGCAGUGAGAUUUCACAGGAAUUUCUUGAUAAAAAAAGUCAUCACCAGUGGGGUGACUGUGAAAAUGCUGCCAGCCACAACCUGAAAGUUGUUCAAUGUCAGGGUGCAUAUUCUGGAGAAAUGAUUUAUGAGUGUAACAAAUGUAGGAAAGAUUUUAGACGAAUCUUUAACAUCAUUGGAUAUAAGAGAGUUCACCCUAGAGAACAGCCGUAUCUGUGUAGUGAAUGUGGGAAGUCCUUUCAUCGAAGGGCUCACCUCACUGUACACCUCAGAGUUCACACUGGAGAGAAGCCACAUGAGUGUACUGAAUGUGGGAAGUCUCUUAGCCAAAAAUCUAAGCUUAUUAAACAUCUGAGAGUUCACACUGGAGAGAAGCUGUAUGAGCGUAUUGAGUGUGGGAAGUCUUUUUGCGAAAAUUCUAAGCUUAUUAAACAUCUGAGAGUUCACACUGGAGAGAAGCUGUAUGAGCGUAUUGAGUGUGGGAAGUCUUUUUGCGAAAAUUCUAAGCUUAUUAAACAUCUGAGAGUUCACACUGGAGAGAAGCUGUAUGAGCGUAUUGAGUGUGGGAAGUCUUUUUGCGAAAAUUCUAAGCUUAUUAAACAUCUGAGAGUUCACACUGGAGAGAAGCUGUAUGAGCGUAUUGAGUGUGGGAAGUCUUUUUGCGAAAAUUCUAAGCUUAUUAAACAUCUGAGAGUUCACACUGGAGAGAAGCUGUAUGAGCGUAUUGAGUGUGGGAAGUCUUUUUGCGAAAAUUCUAAGCUUAUUAAACAUCUGAGAGUUCACACUGGAGAGAAGCUGUAUGAGCGUAUUGAGUGUGGGAAGUCUUUUUGCGAAAAUUCUAAGCUUAUUAAACAUCUGAGAGUUCACACUGGAGAGAAGCUGUAUGAGCGUAUUGAGUGUGGGAAGUCUUUUUGCGAAAAUUCUAAGCUUAUUAAACAUCUGAGAGUUCACACUGGAGAGAAGCUGUAUGAGCGUAUUGAGUGUGGGAAGUCUUUUUGCGAAAAUUCUAAGCUUAUUAAACAUCUGAGAGUUCACACUGGAGAGAAGCUGUAUGAGCGUAUUGAGUGUGGGAAGUCUUUUUGCGAAAAUUCUAAGCUUAUUAAACAUCUGAGAGUUCACACUGGAGAGAAGCUGUAUGAGCGUAUUGAGUGUGGGAAGUCUUUUUGCGAAAAUUCUAAGCUUAUUAAACAUCUGAGAGUUCACACUGGAGAGAAGCUGUAUGAGCGUAUUGAGUGUGGGAAGUCUUUUUGCGAAAAUUCUAAGCUUAUUAAACAUCUGAGAGUUCACACUGGAGAGAAGCUGUAUGAGCGUAUUGAGUGUGGGAAGUCUUUUUGCGAAAAUUCUAAGCUUAUUAAACAUCUGAGAGUUCACACUGGAGAGAAGCUGUAUGAGCGUAUUGAGUGUGGGAAGUCUUUUUGCGAAAAUUCUAAGCUUAUUAAACAUCUGAGAGUUCACACUGGAGAGAAGCUGUAUGAGCGUAUUGAGUGUGGGAAGUCUUUUUGCGAAAAUUCUAAGCUUAUUAAACAUCUGAGAGUUCACACUGGAGAGAAGCUGUAUGAGCGUAUUGAGUGUGGGAAGUCUUUUUGCGAAAAUUCUAAGCUUAUUAAACAUCUGAGAGUUCACACUGGAGAGAAGCUGUAUGAGCGUAUUGAGUGUGGGAAGUCUUUUUGCGAAAAUUCUAAGCUUAUUAAACAUCUGAGAGUUCACACUGGAGAGAAGCUGUAUGAGCGUAUUGAGUGUGGGAAGUCUUUUUGCGAAAAUUCUAAGCUUAUUAAACAUCUGAGAGUUCACACUGGAGAGAAGCUGUAUGAGCGUAUUGAGUGUGGGAAGUCUUUUUGCGAAAAUUCUAAGCUUAUUAAACAUCUGAGAGUUCACACUGGAGAGAAGCCACAUGAGUGUACUGAAUGUGGGAAGUCUCUUAGCCAAAAAUCUAACCUUAUUAGCCAUCUGAGAGUUCACACUGGAGAGAAGCCAUAUGAGUGUACUGAAUGUGGGAAGUCUUUUGGCCAAAAAUCUAACCUUAUUAGGCAUCUGAGAAAUCACAGUGAAAAGAAGCCAUAUGAGUGUACUGAAUUUGGAAAGUCCUUCAGUGAAAGAA